CCUUUUCGCCCUUCGUUCCGGUCAGGCGAGUUAGUCGUCGUGCCGCCGGUGCCCUGUAUCCAUGGCGGCGGCGUUGCGUGCCGUCUUGAGAGGCAUCAAGGAGAAGGGGCUCACCAACUUCAUCCGCGACGUCCGCGACGAAGGAUACUUCAAAUGCCUUCUGGACGGGAACCUUUUGCAAACGAAAAUUCACAAUAUUGGAGCAACACUUGUAGGAGUUGACAAGUUUGGAAACAAAUACUAUGAGAAACUACAUGACACUCAGUACGGAAGGCAUAGGUGGGUAGAAUAUGCAGAGAAAGGUCGCUACAAUGCAUCCCAAGUGCCUCCUGAAUGGCAUGGAUGGCUGCACCACAUCACAGAUAGCACUGGGGAUAAGCUGCUGAACCAGAAGACUGCUAGGUACCUUGUAGAGCACAAGCAGAACUACUCCGGUGAGGGUGAAGAGCUGAUCUACCACUCCAAGGGGCAUGCUUUGAAUCCGGGACAAAGGGACUGGACGAGGUAUCAGCCCUGGGAGCCAAAGAAAGAGCAAGCCUAGCUAUUGAGUACAUUGUGGGGAAGCUACUGAAAUGUUUGCAUGGCGUUGGGUCAGGUAUCACCGAGCUGAAUGGACUCUGAGUUAUGUUUGAACUGGGCCCAAAUAAUGUUGUCCUGAAUAUCAAUAUCAUCUUUGGACAUGAAGUGUUGUUGUUACUGCUGUAAAAACAGCUUUGGGGAAAAUCUCAUGCAUUUGUUACUACCUUCGGUUAUAUUUGAAAGUAUACGAGAGAUUAUAU